AUGAGGGUUUGGAGGGACAUCCUCAAUCUGACACUUAAUAUAAAGGACGAUCAGUAUCGAUGUACAGAUUACCUAAUCCCCCUUAAUGAGUCCUAUAACGUUGAGUAUGAUCCCCUUCCCAGUGUUAACAUGGCUCACCACGUUCUACUUAUGGAGUGUCCAGAAUCGAACCACACUGAGAGCACAAGAACCUGUCUGAGGAUAUGUCGCUAUUUGAAGCGAAUCCAGAUGACCUGGUCAGAGAUUGUUACCAACCAAGGUGAAGGAGGCGUGGUCGACGCUGUAAGUGGGACAAGGUACACACCUCCAAAUGGCGUUGAUACAAAGGGAGAUUUGACAGUAGUCAGAGAGUUAUUGGUUUACGGAACAGACCCAUGCCUACAGAUACAAACAGGAAAUGAUCCAUUAGAAACAAACACAACAACUGAUGUACCUCAGAGUGAAAAUCUGCCUGAGGACUCAUCUGACGCGGAGACAAAGGAAAUAGAUGGAUCUACACCGUCUAUGAAAGACUACUGGAUUGAACACUCAAAGGAUGCAUCUAUGCAAGAAAUGAUGCUUGAUAACGACGCAGAGGAACUUAGUAAAGAUGAACUGCCCGAGAUAUUAUCGUAUCUGCCCAAGUACGAUGGUAUGGAUGUUGUCGAGCUUGGAGCAGGUAUAGGACGAUUUACAACUCAACUGGCACAGAAGGCAAGGAAAGUGCUGGCGGUAGAUUUCAUGGAGAAUUUCAUUGAGAAGAACCGGGAAAUUAACAAAAACAUGACAAAUAUUGAUUACCUCGCUGCUGACGUGAUGGACAUGGAAUUGAAGAGUGAUGACUGGGACAUAGUGUUUUCUAACUGGCUAUAUAUGUAUCUGGAUAAUGACCAGCUUACAUAUUUCUUACAAAACACACUUUCGUGGUUACGUACGGACGGAUACAUGUUUUGUAGAGAAUCAUGUCUUCAGCAAUCAGGCAGCAAGGUGAGAACUAUCAAUCCUACUUACUACAGAGAUCCGCUAGUAUACGAGUCUUUGUUCACUAGUGUCACUAUUCCUACAGAAGAUGGUCGAGGAUUUUACGGUUUUGAAAAGGUCUUCUCCAAAUCGGUCGAUACAUAUAUCAAGAUGAAAAACAAUGAGAAUCAGCUCGUAUGGCUGAUACAGAAGGUGAGGCGAGGAUAUGACACGGCGAAGAAUUUUGCUCCUCUCCCUGAACUGAAGGAACAAAGACAGUUAGAAACUUCUCACAUUCUACGUCGGGAGGAAUUGGUCGGCAGAGGUUUUAUAAGAACUGGAGGACUUCAUAUUGCUAAGAUGACAGCUGAAAUGCUCAAACUUCGUGCAAGUCAAAAGGUGCUGGAUUUCAGUUGUGGAAUCGGAGGUUUCAGUAUACAUAUCGCAAAGACGUAUGGUGUAAAUGUUGUCGCUAGCGACCCGUCUUCAACUUCAGUACAGAUCGGUCGCGAACGGGCAAAGGAGGAGGGUGUGACACAGAUAAAAUUUGAGGUCGCGUCAAUUGAAAGGCGAAUACAUAAUCCAGAAUCGUUUGACGGCAUAUACAGCCGUGACGCCAUCGGAAAUAUUACGGAUAAAUUGUCUUUGUUACGGAGAUUACAUGACGCCAUGAAACCAGGAGGUAGGCUAUUGAUGUCAGAAUACUGUAUUGACGAGGAAAUCGAAGACAUAGAUAUAGAAACAGAUGUCUUUGACGAGGAACUUGAUCACAAUAGCAAUGUCCCGAGGAAGGUGCUUUCAACAGGGGCAAUUCUUGAUAUGAUUAAAGAGGUGGGAUUUGUCAAGGUAACAGCAGUAGAUAAAACUGAUGACAUCUUACGGGCUCUUGAAAGUGAAUUACUUCUUGUGAAGGAGCGGUCAAAUGCUGAAUGUUUAGACACACUAACUGUGAGGAGAAAAGUGGUCAAUAAACUUAAAAGUGGUAACGCUUGGAUGUUUUUCUACGCAGAAAAACAAAAAACUUCUCAAUAAUAUCCAUCGUAUAUAAAAUAAUAACUGCACAUUGUUUUCAUAUCGCUUACAACCGUCAAAUCACAGUCAACAUUUUCCUUUUAGUGUUUGAUUUCAACGACACUCUCGAUGUAUCGCCGAUGUCCUUGUAACAUUAUUAAUCGUGUAAUUGUUUGAUGAAAAUGACGAUGAGAAAUAUUUGAUAAAAAAUGGAACAUUAUGGACUUAUAUUUUCUAACAUGUUGUCUAUUAUUGCAUAAAGACAAAUAAAAGAACAAUAUAUAUUA